GCUCCAAGAUUCCAUGCUCGGAGCGGUGUGGAAGAUGCUAGCCUCGACUCCGACUUGUGUGUGUGUGCGUGUGUGUGCAUGAAACGAGUCGACUUCGCCAGUCUAUGCCCCAAAAGGCCACUAAUGGCCUCAACACCAUCCCAUAAUUAUCUCAGGGAGGUUGGUGACCUGCUUGUCCAGCCUGGUCCGAGUCCUGCUGCCAAGCGCCGUUCGUUUGUACCUUCCAGCCUUUACCUGCCCUCAGAAACAUUGUUUUUUGUGUUGCCUCAAAAUGAGGUUUUCUGGAGGGCUCGAGUCAUUUCCAGAGCGAAUCCUCGUGAGCCGGACUCGGACGACUGGUCCUACUCCUCGUCUAUCCGGCCGCAUCUGCGACUGCCUCCCGAGAGUCGCCAUUCAACUUGGAUGCCACUUUCCGACAAACGCAAACAAACACACAAACACGCGCAUCUUCAUCACUCCCCACUCGCUCAGAUGAAGACCCUUAAAAAGUUUGAUCUAAUCCCCUACAGUCUCGAGAAAAAUGAGACUUCUUUAGCUCUCCUCGUGUGUGGAUGCGACCCACUUUUGUCAACAUGCAUCCGUUUCCUUGACGUUAUCUCUCAACAACUCCCGUGCGUGGUAAUGACUAGCAGAGGGGAGGACAGGCAACUUUCUACUAAUCAAAGCUCCAUUUUGGCUCUGAUAUCCGAGCCCCAAACUUCUCAUUCCGAUCGGCAUGUAGGCGAUGGAGUCGGCCGGUGA